AUCAUUCUUCGUCCUGCCUACCCAUCUCAGCAGCUCUCCGCCCCCUUUUCCCUUUUUCUUUUUCCCUUCUUUGGCAGUCAUUUUACGGUGCAAGUCAAUACCCGAACUUCUCAACAUCUAUCUGUUUGAUUCGACCUUCCAACUCGUCGGUUGACUGGUUCACCGCGUUACGCCCACCCGGCUUUCUCCAUAUCUAGUCAACUUUGCUCGUGCUGUCUACCUAGCCAGCCCCGCUCGCAACACUCCUUUAUCUAUUUCUCCAGGUCGCUAGUCGUCUUUGAGCCUUUGAUCGCCCACGCCGCUUUUUUCACCCCUUGCCCUUUUUACGACCUUAUACACACUCCAAAUCAUCCGUCUUUCGCCCUCGGUUUUUACUGCAAUCAUUGGUUAUCAAGUGCCAGCAGUAACCACAUACCUUUUCUCGGCUCCGAUUAUACAUCGAUUUAUAUCACGAAUCUUACAACCUUUACGAACGCCGCUUACGUCUACGCCUCUGUUGGUAUCGAAUUCCUCGACGCGACACGAUUCGACAACGCGUACACUGAGCUUAAAUUUCUUUCAGUCUACGACUUGACGAUCUUGUCGAUUAGUAUACAGCAUAGCAGAGCACAGUAAUUGUCAGGAGUCGUUUGCCAACAUCACACUGAUUGAUUAGUGUAAAAAGAUUAAAAACCGCCGUUGUCGUCAGAGCUCAACAUCCACACACCAUCCUUUGAUCGUGCCCCGUGCUCAACGCGCCACCUCCUGUCUUUGCAACCACAAAGGAUCAAUCAUUGAAGAGUGGUUCCCGAUCUACGCCUCUCAUCUUUCCCAACUAUUUCUUUACAGAGACACCCAGGUUCUGGUAAUCUGAGUAUAGGAUAGCGCGAAGCAGGACUCGCCCUCAGUCAGUAUUUUAAUGAUGUCGGAAGCUUUCCUUCUAUCUACCCAUUCGUACGCCCCAUCCUCCCCUGAUCCCACUCAUCUCCGCCUUCUUGCCUUUUCAGUCGCAGAAGCUGCUUUACAGUCUGAUCCCAACUCUCCGCCCAUCUCCCUGACUAUGGACAAAGCACCUGUUCUGCCAGAAAUCCCGCAUAACUUAUGUGACUGGCCUAUUCAGGUGGAAGAUGUCGAGGAAGACUGGAUUGAAGAUCGAUGGCGCGACACAGAGCAUGAAAGACGGACUCAAUGGGAAAUGGGCCAAAAGGAAACGGGGAUGAAGAAGUCUGCUCUCGGGAAAAUACUGUCAGGAAGUCCCUUCUCUCCCUCAUACUACGGCUUCAGUCUUCCUCGCAAUUCGUCUCUGGCAGCGACUGCGUCGGACUGUGUCUGGGACGAUCUUUAUGAGAGACCCAAAAUUGCUUCCGGAAAGCCAACAAAAGAAAUCAGGAGACAGCGUCUUCGGUCUUGCACUCACUUUACGGACCCAUGUUCUUUCUUGCCAACUUCGUCUCAACCCGAUCGGCGGCACCCAUCUCCCGAUUUUGAGCCCCGUCUUGCUGCAAGGAAGUGCUCGACCCAUCCGGGGCAGGGGCCAGUCAGCAACAAACAUUCAAGUAUAAAAUCUGAUAUGUUUCAUCCUAACCAACCUAUUGACUCCCCUCCUUGUACAAAUGUACGCCUUCCGAGUCUUGCUCAGAUACACGCCAAGAUGGGUUCUCCAGCUCGCCAACAAAGUGCAUCUGGAAUGGGCGCCGUCCGUAUGGAUACUUCUGAAUCCAUUGAAAUUUUACAGACUCCAACUGAGGAAUAUACUUCCUCACGCAUCGAAGCCCGUCUGGCUUUAUCCACGGUUCUCCAUCGUCGACCUUCUACUCCUCCGAGCCCAGUUACUAUGUCCGCUGUGUCAUCACCGAAAGAGAAGGAAGCACCGCGCCUAGCGCCUUUUUUGCGUGAACGCACCAAUGGUCGUAUAUCUGGUCGACCUUCCUCCAUGCCCCCAAUGACGUUUCCUGCUGAACAUAUGACUUCAUUGGCAGAUCUUGGGAAAAGUCAUUAUACUCCACCAAAGUCCGCAGUGAUGGUAACUCCUCCGAAAAAUCGAUACAAAUUUGAAGGUGGAGGUGACGUUCCUGAGCCUGUUCGCCCCCCUCUUAUCCAGUCUAUAUCCGGCGGCACCCCGGUCUCUCGUAUUGGUGGUUCAAGCUUUCCACACAUGACUACUACUCCAUCCUCUGAGCGGACAGCCGUCUCUCCGACAUACAUCACUUCCCCCACCGGCAGUGCUAGCUCAACAAUGUCUAUUCCCAGAAUUACAUGCACUCCCGCACCUGUCAAGGUUGUAAAGGAUGGAUUAGAGAUUGAUUCUGACGAGGACGAAGGUGAUGUUGUUCUUUUUGAGGCGGAUACUUGCGGCUCCGAACGAGGAAAACCGUCCUUGUUGCAAGCGGCACAGGAAAAAGAAAGGGUGGCGCGAGCCGCCGCUAUGAAGAAAAGGCUAUUACAACGCCGAAUGUCCAAUUGAAGCUUUUGUGCUUCUCAUCUUUACCAAUAUUUUGUGGUAAUUAUAUAGUCUGUAGAUGGACAAUGGGCCUAGAGCCAAGAAGAAUGAAGCGGGCUUCUUCAUGUUGAUUGCUAUAUUCAUGCGGUAAUCAUGUGAUACACAU